AUGGAAACUAAAGUAAUCAUCGACAUUAGAGACGUUGGAUCUUCACUUCCGGUUGCAAACGUGCAAGAACUAGCCUCCAAGAACUUGAAAGAAAUCCCACAUCGAUACAUCCGACCUGAAAUCAGGGCAGAUGAAGUUUUAGUCAAUGGGUCAUCACAAAUUCCCGUCAUUGAUAUGAGCAAGCUUGUAGCUGGUAACACUGAAUAUGAAACUGAAAUGUCAAACCUUCAUCAGGCUUGCAAGGAUUGGGGAUUCUUUCAGCUGAUAAAUCACGGAGCAAUAACGGAAAUCGAAAACAUGAAGGUGGCUGCAGAUGGCUUCUUUAAACUGCCAUUAGAAGAGAAGAUGGUCUAUGCACAACAGGAUGGUCUUGAAGGAUACGGUCAUGCUUUUGUUAUGUCGGAAGAUCAAAAGCUUGACUGGAAUGAUAUGAUCUUCAUUUGUUCUGCUCCAGAAUCUGGAAGGAAUAUGAAAUUUUGGCCUAAUAAUCCUACAUCUUUCAGACCAAGUUUAGACGAAUACUCGCGCCAGUUGCACAAAAUCUUCAUUAGUCUCGUUCAAUCGAUGGCGACAAAUCUCGGGGUGGAGUUCAGGGAAUUUGUCAAUAUGUAUCUGGAAUGCGCACAAGGAAUAACAAUGAAUUAUUAUCCACCUUGCUCCCUAGCUGACCAGGUUAUGGGUUUCACUCCACACUCUGAUGGAUCUAUGCUAACCUUACUGGUUCAAGUCGGUGAGGUUGAAGGCCUCCAAAUCCGCAACAGUGGUAAAUGGAUCCCAAUCAAACCUCUUCCAGGAGCCAUCAUUGUCAACAUUGCUGAUUGCAUGGAGAUCAUGAGCAAUGGGGAGUACAAGAGCAUUGAGCAUAGAGCUGUGGUGAAUUCGGAGAAGGAAAGGAUAUCCAUUGCUGGUUUUCACAAUCCAAGUAGAACCGCGACAAUCAGUCCCCUACCGGGUCUUGUGAAAGAGACUGCAGCCAAGUACAAGGCAGUGAAAUUCGAGGACUACGCGAAAAUGUUUCUCAACAGCAGACUAAACGGUAAAAGCACGCUGGAUGCUGUGAAAAUAUGUAACUGA